AUGAAGGAUGCGUCAGAGGAUUCAAAGGCUCCAAUCGAGUCAAGUCAGCAAGACGCACCUGAAGUAGAGGUGAUUGAUGGAGGACGCCCUACGAUCAGAAGCUUUGCUGCGACUGCGAAGCUCAGGCCAAACGACAUGGUCAGGGUACUCUCAAAUGGAUCGACUUACACAGUAUCCGAAGUACGGGGAGGGAAGUACAUCCUGUGUGAUGAUAGUGGCAAGGAAGUUAUGCAGGGCCGCGAGUAUGAUGAGAGUGACUUGGAAUUGGUAGAUGACCCUUUCUAA